UCAAUUUAUUCUCAUUCUACGUGACUUUACCGAAAGAACCAAAGAAAAUACACUACUUUUAAUAAAAUAGAAAUGCAAGGUGUCAGGCAUUGCACUUAUUGCCAUUACAAUUUCAAGCAGAAUGUGGCAGCAUACAUCACUGAGGUGAACAAUAUUUGAUGAACAAACAAUAGCAAAAUUGGGCAGCAUACGUAACUAUUUUGGCAACGAAAUAUCCGAACAUUCUUAAAAUUGGUCAGAACAGAGGGGUAGUUAUAGGUAACUGCACGUGCAUGAGUAAGAUGACUUGUCAUUGCAUAUCUUGACCCUUCAGCAAUAAAAUAUGUCAAUUCCCUUCCGCUCAUAUGAGCAUUGCACUCCUCUGUUAGAAAUCCCACAUCAAUGUAAAGAUUCCACUGUUGACUUCCAGUCGGAGCGCUGCCUCCAUCACAGGCGGCGCUCAUCUGACCAACCCUGUUGGAGCAAUGAGCUUCAGCCAGCAGUACAUUGAGAAUGAAUGACAACUGAUUAUCCUUCGGCCGCUGGGCGUUUUCCCCAUGCCCCGGCUGCUUCGGCAAACCUCCCGGCGAUGUUUCCAGCAAACGCGGGCUCCUUUAUCGCCUCCGCUAACGUGACGUCUGGACCAGUUGCCACGGCAACCGUCGGUACAGCUGCCGACGCAGCAUCGCGCUUGCGCGACCGGCAGACCGAAGCCGGACACCGCGGUGAGCGCAGCGUGCCGUAGGUCAAGCACAGAGUCACGACGUCCUUACCUGCCGCUGCCACGUCCAGCGAGAAGCUCUUGUUUAUUAUUCCCGCCAGGAGGGAACGACGGUGACAUCGGAGCCUGCGAAGCGGCGGGGGUGUGCACGAUGUCGAGCCCCGAUGAAGGGAGCUCCUCGAGCAGCCUCAAGCAGCUGCCCUGGUUCGUGGCGAGCUCGCAGCUGCUGGGCCUUGCCGCCGUCAUCGUGGUGGGCGUGUGGAUGGGCCACUACCGCGGGGGCUUCUCCUGGGACCACGGCGUCUUGGAGUUCAACAUCCACCCCCUCUGCAUGGUCAUCGGCAUGGUCUUCUUAUAUGGAGAUGCAAUUUUGGUGUACCGCGUUUUCCGUGAAGAGGACAAGAAAUGCAUUAAGAUUAUCCACGCCACCCUGCAUAUGUGUGCGCUGAUCUCCUCUGUGAUCGGGCUUGUCGCCGUGUUUGACUUUCACAACAGCCUGAACAUCCCCAACCUCUACAGCCUGCACAGCUGGCUGGGAAUCAUAACCAUCAUACUGUUUGCAAUGCAGUGGCUGCUGGGCUUCAUCAUCUUCCUGUUCCCGGGCGGCACGUCCACCCUGCGAGCGUGGUACCUGCCCCUGCACUCCUUCUUCGGCGUGACCAUCUUCGGCAUGGCGGUAGCUGCAUCACUCACCGGCAUCACCGAGAAGCUGCUGUUCACCAUCAAAGAUACAUACAGCAAGUUUCCACCAGAGGGCAUCUUGGCCAACGCACUGGGUCUCCUGCUAGUGGCAUUUGCGGCGUGCGUGGCGUACGUGGUGACCCGGCACGAGUGGAAACGGCCGGGGAACCCCGAGGAGGAGGCGCUGAGCCUGCACUUCCACCGCAUCACGCGCGGCGACGAAGAGGAGGACUGAAGCGGCGGCGUGGCCUGCUUCGGGACGUGAGGACGGCAGCAAACCCGGCUUCCCCUCCACGUAGCCGUUUACUGAUUGGGGUCCCGACUUAAUAACCGGGGAGUCGGGUGAAGGGUGCGAUGAUGAGCACCCUCAAUCAAUGCUCUGGUAAAUAGGUGGUGGGGAACUGCCUUCUCCUUUAUUGUCGGUGACUGGCGAGGAGCAGGUUUACAUUGGAGAGGUGAUGUGUCCGUCUUGCGUGCUAUUUCUUACCCAUGCCCAGGUGGGUUUAAUCGAGUUGAAAAAAAAACAUGCUGUUUCAUGCGGAAGUAAUUUGUUGCACCUGGAGUGAGUGAGAAAUACACCACUUGAGCGCGAGAAUAGCAUUUCCCCAAAUGGGACUUGGCACCUUGCUGAUAUUGUUAGAGAAAUUAUAUACAUCAAACUGACAUCAGACUGAAUCAAACUACUUAUACAUUUUUCAACUUGUUUCAUCACCUUCCCUGAGCUCUACCAUUUCAAACAUAGUAUCCCUAUGCUUACACCUGUUGGUUAUUACAACAUAUUUAAUUUUAUUUUGACCCAGAGAUACUCAGUUCAUAAUGAAAUAAAACGUUCCUUCUUUUCCCAGCAUGUUCCUGUCCCACUCUUCUAUAUCGCGUCUUGAGAUGUGGUUGCGUUUAGAUGCCAUUUAAGUCAAAUAUGCGUCGUGAUGAGUAUUCUGCUUGUCAUAAUUGGAAGUAGAAUUGUCAUGCAAGAUUCCUUCUUCAGGGAUUGCACCAAAAUUAUUGAUAGGUUGGCUAAUGCCUAAACUAAAAUGUAAUUAGGCUUGGCCUUAAGAUGUAAAUGCUUACAUCACUUGCAGUCUAGAUUUAUACAUGCCACAGGUUGCAUAUCAUUGUCGAUAUUUUAAUCCUCAGUUUGGUCCAAACGUGUUGCCCAUGUUGUGAAAUAUGUUGUUAUUGUAUACUGCUUUCAGAGUAAUAUUUAUGCUGUUGUGCCAUAAAAAGUGUACUGCAGCUGAGUGGAUAAUGGACACGUUACUUGCUCAAAGCAAAUGGCCUUUCAAUGCUAUAAUUGCAGAUAGAUAUAGACAUGAGUGUAAUUCAGGCUAAGAGCGCGUAUGUCAUGUGCCGAUUGUGAUUGACACGCGAUUACAUUUUUAAAUAGUAUUCUUGGAAUGUUUUUCUGCCUUUACUGUCACCGUGUUAUGCUUCUGCAGAAGUUUGCCCAGUGUCAUGUAAAAUCCAGACACUGAAAUAUUAAACUUGUCUUAGCUGUUAUGCCAGGGAGAAACCAUCAUGCCUUGGGAGGCUGUUCAUAUCCUGUGGCCUACAUAACCUCUCAAAGUGUUUCAACAAAGUGAGCACAGUAGGGGUGGAUUCAUCAUUCUCCACACUGCCUUCUCUUCUUGAUAAUUAAUGGGUCUUUAGGCUCAGGCUUGAUAGCUAGACUGUUGCCUUACUGCAGUUAACUAUUUAAAAAAUGCAGGAAAAGGGGAUACAAUUAUAGUCUUGUGGGAGACGAUGCUCGGAGGAGGAGAUUGCUUGUUGGUGGGAGGGAGAUAGAAGAUGGAGCAGGGUUUUGGCAACUGAAAGUUGGGCACACUGGUGCAUUCUCAAAUAAAUGCAUGUAAGGUCGCGGCUUAAGGAAAAUACAGCCAAACAGUACUUUUUAAAAGUCUUAAUUCUGCCGUGCCGUUUAAUUGUUUGGUUAGAACAUGCAACGAUGGCGACAUGUUGUUGCCUGCAUUUGUGAGUGACCGGGAGAUGUACAUGGGAGGAAACAUUGCAUUGUCAUCUCGGCCGUCAAGUGCAAAUUGAGCACACGUGACGAGGUUUGUAAGUGCCCCGGCAUGGCCGUUGUGUGUGCGUGACUGCAUGCCGUGUGUGCGCGUGACUGCAUGCCGUGUGUGCGCGUACAUUCUCACACCGAUGAGCUCCCAGCGUUGCUUCCUCGUUCACCGUCUGCGCCGUUGGUUAAAGUAUUUAUCAUGCUUUGUGAUGUAAUGCUGAUUUUGAAUUGGUUGAUGAUUAUGUGUUUUUCAAUGUAGGGAUGCAAUGAUUGCAAAGUGUUGAUAUUGAAUUCAGAAUCUUUAUUGAAUUAUAAUGGGGUUUAAAAUAUCUAGAUAAAUCAUCGCAGCUGAAACGUGAGUGUGUGUGUGUCUGUGCGCAUUCCUGGUCCGGGGAGAAACAGAAAAAAACAAGCUGUUGAAUAAAUGACAGCAGUAACGGCUUUGACACAUAGAGCUGCCACCUUGAGCUUCUACAAACGAGAGUUGGGGCCCUUUGUGUCUCUCUCCAUUCUAUUCUCUCUUUCACUCUUCUCCGUUGCUCAUUCACCUCAAUGAGCCAGAAUAUGCCAGAUCUUUAAACGUUCCAUAUUUCGAUAGCGUUCUCUCGUGAUUUUUUUUUAAUGAAAUCACGUGAAUUAUAUUUUUUAUUCAUGAAAAUCCCUGUAAAAUGCCAUUUUACAAAUUCCGAGUGAUGAACGGAACCAGCCAAGGUUACACCAGCUACAGUCGAGGUUUACAGCAGACGCUGCACGCUUGCCGAUAAUACCGCAUUUGCCAGUUAGCAAGACGCAACCCUAACUUGUACCCGGUGAUGAUAAAAUUAUACAAAUUUUGUCACACACCUACUGGAUUGUAAGGUGCCCCCCCUUCCCCCCCCCCUACUUUUGCUACAUAAUACUGGGGGAAAAGGUGUCUUAUAAUCCGGAGAAUACGGUAUAACAGUUUACAGCCAUGUGUCAAAUCACUGUCGAAUGACGACCCCCCCCCCCCCCCAUACUGUCGGCCAUAUGGGGGUUGUUUGACCAUACUUCAUUGCAGGUUGAAGGGGGUCUCAAGACAAGUUCAGGCACUGCUCGCCACUCAUGUUAACCGUGGCCAGGAACUGAAUUCGGGUCGCUGGAUUCAUAGUGCAGUCCAUUAACUGCCCUGCCAUCGCUCCAAACCCAUGCUUAACUUUACAGCGUUUUAAUUCUAUUUCACCCAGUUACAAAGCAAUCCAGUUACAAAGCAGGAAUAUAUUCCUAGGACUGCAAGAAACGUCUGGUUUGUGCCAUCAUAAAUGUGAUGUCACAUUGAAUAAACUCUACACUGUGCAGUGAUAAGAGUGACAAAAUAUAGGAUUAAACUUAAAUAAAUCCCACCCACAAGAAUCUGCUGUGUCAAGUCAGAUGGACCAUGAGCAAAAAGUGACCCUCAACAUUUGUUUUCGUGGAUUUUCACUCAAGAACGUAAACUUUAAAUCCUUUCAGCUCUUCACAUAUUGAUCUCGAGACCAAAACCUGGGGGUGACGUCAUAUAAGCCAUGGUGAGUGGUGGCACUCACCAAUUUAGCCGCAAGCCGAGAUUGUGCCAAUUUCUGCCAGGGCAGAUGGAGCAGCCAGCUGUCUCGGCACUGGAUUGAGAUGAUUGCAUCAAACGUGUGGUGUCACGUAAUAGGCUUAAAGGGAGAUGUAUUUUAAUAUAUUUAAAUUAUUGUGGUGUAAUCAAACUGUGAUUAAUUGUGUGAAAUCAGCUUAAAGUAAAAAUUAAUGAGAAACAAAAAAACUUCUUAAGUAUCUCAAACUCAGAACACGUGUUGCUGUCACACCUUUUGGUGAUUUUGGAACUGUGGUAAGGUGGCUGGAUUUGGAGUCAGCGGUAUAGUUUGUGACAAUUUCAGAGUACGUGAAACAACUUUGUGGCAUGCAAUUUAGGUUUAGAAGAGUAUCAAGUCUUCAUGCGGAUGGAGUAGGGAAAGUUGUAGAAAUUUCUCGAUCAGUCAAAAAUUGGGCAUUGUGUAUUCUAAUGUUCCUUUGGUUCACCAUUACUGCAGUGCAGCAACACCUCAGUGUCCGGAAGGCUCUUUUGAAAUGUUUUAACGUAUACACUUGGACUUUACAUUCUAUUAAAUUUAGUAUUUUAAAAAUUGACACAAGGUUGAACGUAUCACAGUUUUACUUCACAGCUAUAUAUCAUUACAAUAACAAUACGGGUUAAUUUCAAGGUAACCUCUUGAAACAUUGUUGGCUGAAACGGGGGACAGGUUCUUGUGAAUUUACACCAAACAGUGAACUGAUGUUGAUCCACAUAAGGCCUGGAAACUCAUCUCUUUUGAAGCCGUAUUUCAAGCUGCAGACUGAACAUGUAGCUUCGUGUUCCCACGGAUUCACUCGGCAAGCUGAGUUCCACGACGAUAAAUGGGUCAGGAAGACGCGGCAAUUCCAAGAGUUCAAGGCCACAUCACAUUUCAGUAACAAUUGAAUGUUUGAAAUGUUGAUGCCACUCCGAAAUGAAUUGAUAAAAAUGCAUGUAAAAACAUGAGAAAUCUAGUGGAGUAAUAUAAGAAUAUAUUGACUAUGGAAGGCGUAAUGUAUAGCUUAGUAAUAAUUAAAAGUUUAGUCCUGAAUUAUGUUCACCAAAGUCUAGUGCCAUCAUCGUGGUCAUUAUUAACUCGAUUGUUGCUGUCAGUUGGCCGACAGGGCUCUGUUGUAAUUGUUGUCCUGUCAUGCGCAGUGCAAGGAUGCAUCCUUACAGCAUCGCCACAAUAGUUGAGAAAGGGGGGACUUCAUUGCGUUCCCGGAGCUCCUAAACAUGAAUUGACGCCAACCAACGUAAGAGCCUAACAAACGUAAAGGGUCUAAAUAUUUAGUGGAAUUACCUGAGAUAGAAUGGUGGAGUAUUAGCAAGUAGGUUUGAUUGUGGUUUACAGCUGUUGCUUAGAGGAAUAAUGUAAAACUGUCGCCUCCAAAUCCACCCUUUUCCAUUUGUUCUGUUGUUGCGAGUACAUGCUGAUAUGUGAUUUAUUGCUUGUGAUUGUGAAUACAAAUUCGCUUUUAUUAAAGCAUUUAUGAUAUAUAA